ACUGUGUUCUACGUUAUGUAAAGAUGUAGCCGACACUCUGGGGAUUUUUAAUGCAACACGGAGGGAUCAUGUGAUGGAGGAGUGACACGCACACAUCGGUACGCGGAACUUCACGGCCCACCUGUCUGUCCUGCAGCGGGACAGCAGCUCCUGUCAGCAGGAUCCGCCGCACAGCAGCGCUGCGCUCACAUCUCCGUGCGUCCAGCCAUGAGCAGCACCGCGCUCCGGACUGCGCCACUAUGGCACACAGAGUAACCCGGACAGCACCGCAGGACUCCGCAGACAGGCUCCGAGCCGGUGUGGAUUACCACAGAACAGGGACGCCUGCACUUUGUUUCUGACAUUCACGUCCAUGACCGGGAGGACGAGCAAACUCGGCAAAGAUGGAAAAUUGUGGUGGAGGCAGGAGACUUCGGCUACCCAGCAUCACCUGAAGAACUGGAAGGUGAUGCUGUGGGUGGUGGCUUCAUUGCUGACUCUGGUGGAAGAUGUGUUUUCUAAGGAGGACAACAAAGAAGCUCGGUCAGACCUCCAACGGUCCUCUUGGCCUCCUGCACAGCAUCUAGAACAGGAAAGCAGCAUCCACUCACCCUGGCCUAAGGCAUUUGAGGAGUGGUUACUGAUGCAGAAGGAGGAAAUCCAGCAGGACAGAUGGCGACGCUCCCCUCGUGACCCAAACUUACCCAGGACAUCAAGGAGGAACCACAAGAAAGCCAAGAGCAGCCGUGACUGCCACCUGGAGAAGAAGGAGAUGCGGGUUCGGGAUCUUGGCCUCGGUUACGACUCAGACGAGAUAGUCCUCUUUAGGUAUUGUGUUGGCACAUGUUAUAGUUCUCGGAAGAACUAUGAUGUGGCCCUCAAGGCUCUGAUGAGCAACGGGAGAAUCUCCAGCAAGAAAGUCAGCAGUCAGCCCUGUUGUCGACCCACCCGCUAUGAGACUGUGUCCUUCAUGGACGCUCAGACUACCUGGCAGACAAUUAAAUGGCUUUCAGCGGCCAACUGCAGCUGCGUGGGCUGAUUGCAAAGAAGAGAGUCUAUCUGCAGAACACAUACACGGAUAAGCUCUUAUGCGAAGAGCAGGAUGCUCUAAGAAGGGACUUAACCCAGGUUGAUGUGGCCUCAGGCAGGGGCCUGGUGUUCACUCCACUCAUAGCUGGGCUGUUGGUAGUGGAGCUUUAGAUAGCGUUUGAGGCUGAUGACGGGUCAUCUGGAUGACUGCCAGCAGUCAGGGGCAGAGGAGGGUUUCAUUAUUAGUCACCAACAAUAAGCAGAGUGGAGCAAACUAGCAGUUCGUCCAGUCAAUGGUGGUUUAGACUUUGUGCCCUUCAUUCAGCCUAUUUAAUUCAGGUGAUGGUGGUGCAGUGCUCUGUAGCAGUAACGUUGGAGGUCCUCCACCCUUUGGCAACAGAAGCCCUGAGUUGUCCAUUACAUUUGUAAGUGUGCAGCUCAGCUAUCUCACCAAAAUUCAUUACGGUUAAUUGCUAACUUCUGUGUCAUUUUUGAGUUGGAGGUGAUGAUUUCAGCAGUAAAUAGUUUAUGAAUCAGCUGUUUAGCUGAUGUGUUUACUGUUCCUCAAGUAGAGGCCAGUAUUAGGAAAAGCAAACUGUAUCUGACUGAAACAUACAGACUCCAGUAGGUAUGAAGGGUAACUUAAUUUGGGUUCAAAUAUUGUUAUUUUUAGCCAGUUAAUAAACAGAAUUUGCCUUAUUAUUGCUUAUCCUAAGAAUUUUAAGGAAUCUUGAAUUUGCCCAAAGUCUAAAAGACAAAAUCCAUAGUCCAAAAUAUUUUGACACAAAUUACUUUGCAAAUUUAUUUUGAAAGUACUAUUUCCUAAUUUAGGUUCAUGUAUAAAUGCUUCAAGAAAAGCAAAGUGUAGAUUAGUAGGUAUGAAUGACUUGGUGCUCACAAAUUUAUAAUGUUUGCCCUUUAUGCUGGAUGCUUAACAACAAACUAAACUUCAAAUCAUCUGCAAUAUAGACUUUCUUCUGAAUUAGUAACAGCCUUGGCACUCAGAAUGUUUUAGCAAAAUGAAGUCCCUUUUGUCUGAACUACUGCUUAAGUCAUGAAAGUUCUAUUUUUUUUUCUUUCUGUGUGUUAUAUCAUUGCAAUACAACAAUCAACAGCCCAACCUAAAAUACAAAUGCAGCUUUAGAAGUUGCAAACAUUGGUUUAUAUGCAUAGUGAUACAUUUCAACACUGACAUUUUCUUAAAGCAAGAUUUUCUUCAGGACACAAUAAUCACAAUAUCUUAAAAAAAAAAAAAAAAUGGAUAUAAUGACUAUUUUUGUUCAUUUAAACACUACUCACAAAAAAUCCACACCACAGUAUCGUUUAAACAUUUCUGUUUUCCUUGCUUUUUUUUUUUUUUUUUUUACAAGCUAUAAUACUUCAAUGUUAUUUGUCAAAAGUCAGUUAUCAGUGAAACUCCAUUAAGGAGCCAAACGUGAUUUCGGGAUACUUCUCAAUCAAGUCCAAACAGCAUGACAUUAACAACCUCAGAUCAACCAAAAACUCUGUUUAACCUGUUUAAAGACCAAAUACUAUGAUGUUAUGACAUGCUAAUAAGAACUUGAAAGUUUAUUGUAGUUUUUUGUUUAAUUUUGUUAAGUUUUGUUAAGACAAUGGUCUUCAUAAGACCAAAAAUUGCUUUCACCAUGUGAUACAACUCUACCUUUCCUUCCAGGGCAGCUCCAUAACGUACUCAAUGCUAGUCAGUCUUCCAAUGUCCACAGUAGUCUCUCUGUCUCAGACACACACAGCAGUCGAUAGAGAGAGACUGAGGUGCUGACAUUUUUGGAUUAGGAAUACAAAAAUACAUUGUUUAAUUUAGUUGUCUGACAUGUAUAAUACUUUACAUGACCCCAUUAACUUUCCAAAUUCAACAGACAGAUCAGCUCAUAACAUGCUGUUCUCUGGCCAACUAUGCUAAUUGUAAAUGUCACAGUAGUUCUGGAGUACUUGUUACAACACAGCCUGUUUACAUCUCUGUCAGCAGUCUGUUGUAGGAUGCCAUCACAAAUAUAGUCGCUAGCCAACCAUCACUCAGGAGGACAGCUUUUCACCACAGUGUAUUUUCACAUCAGGGUGAGACAUGAUACCUCUCACAACCACGUGACCUGUAGUUUAGACAAACAAGUGUAGGAAACCAGUUUGAAUGUGAUUCCUUGUGUUACUGCAGUGGUGGGCUGCAGGAAUAUUACAUUUUUAUGUGUGGCUGUAUUUGUCAUUGCUGUUCCACAAUUACCUGAAAAACAAUCCAUGAAACAAACUAGUUAUACUACAUAUAUGUUACAUUUCUCAUCAGCACAUUGCUGGUGAGAUUGCAACAACAACCACUAAAUGAUAUUGACUAAUUACAUUAUAGGCAAAAGUUUGCAAUUUCUGUGCUCAACAUUUUCACCACAUUAUGUGCUGAUUAUUUCAUCUUUGCUCUGUUACACAGUCUAUAUCAGUAUUUUUGUUACAAACUUGGCUCCACUCAUGUGUGCUGCACAUUUAUGAGACUUGAGUGGGUCAUAUAUAGCUCAACAUGAAAAGCAUUUGCAGUCUCCAGUCCUUCCACAUUUGACUAGUAAAAAGAUUUGGACCCUGACCAGUGGUAAAGUUUACAAUGUAGUAUCACAUAUCAUAUGCAGAAAUAUUUCUUUUGUACAUGCAAGCACUCUAAGACAGUAUUCAUUCAGCUUUUUGUGUUCAACUGCAUUGAAAACUAGUCUAUAAAUAUUGAAAUGAAGCUCAGUUGGACAUUUAUAGUCUGUUUUAUAGUUUGAUUCUUGGCAGUAUAUACCUCUGAAGAGAACGGUUCCACAGAUAACACUGGGAUAACAAAGCACCGCAAGACAUUUUUUGUUUCCACUAUUGGUUCUGCUCACUAAAAAAAUCCCCUAUAUUUUCUUUUUUCUUCAUUUGCUGUUGAGAAUCAUGUAAAUAAUGCUUAUAGCCACGUUCACAGAGUCUAAAACUUGUUUUUAAUUACAGUAACUUCAGUCUUUAUAUAUACACAUGUGGGUAUUAUGAAGCCAAAUAGAAACCAUCCACCAAAUUUUCAAAUAAAAUGAUGACAAAUAAAGGUCCAAACACCA